AGGGUGUUGACGCGCGGGCAACCGAAUUUGUUGUCACCCGAAAAGACAGGGCUGCGUGUUUGCGGGCCGCGGUGGGCUAAAUCGAGCUGUCCGAAAUCGCGUCCGGACUCGUAGGAAGAUAGCUACUCAGCUCGCACGAGGGUGAUAUUUCACAAUCAGGAUUUUAUUUAACGUCCCCUGCGCGCUGUCUCGGCGCACAUCUCAAGCCCGCCUCCGCGUCUGUUUGGGUUUUCUGCCGCAGCCCUGGGUGUCGGGGAGGGCUCAGCUAGUACGGCUUCCAUAGUGUCUUCUCGUCUCUUGGUACAGUUCCUUUCAGAUUUAUUCCCUUGGUGUAUUAACAGACUCGGCGAGGUUAAUAGGUAAAUAAGACAUUCCUGUCAUAUUUAGUCUUGGGUUGCACGUCAAAAUUGAAAUUUACAGCUUUGUCUAAGCUAAGUUCACAAUCAUUUUUGGAAUUCCGAUAUUCCUCACCCUUCCUUUUUCUUUAAAGAGGCGAAACUGUAUCUUCAAAUCUGUGAACCCAGAAGAAAGUCCCUCUGUUACGAGAUCCACGGGACUUGUUUUGUGACUAGACAUAUGAAAAAUUUUGAGUUUAGCCAGGAAAGGGGGAGAAGGGUUAAAAUGCCAGCGAGGAGACUGCGAGAGGUGGUUUCCCCAAAACAAGGGGCCACCUUGGCUGUGCUGGAAGAUGAGCUUCCCCGUGUUCCUCCAGCAUUGUCUGCAAAUAAACGUCUUGCUCUUGGAAUGAGGACUGGCUCAAAUGGAACGUUAAAUGGCUCACUGGAUUUAACUUCUGCCAGAAAACGUUCCCAGCUUCUGUCAGGAAAUCCCACUGUAUCCAGUAAAAGUGACUUUCCUAAAGACGCUGUAGUUCCGAGGCUGCCUUUGAAUAAAACAGAAGCGAACAGCACAGGAAAAGCCAAUGACAUCUUUAUUUCGCAGUACGCCAUGGGACAGAAAGAUGCUUUGAGAACUGCUCUAAAGCAAAAAGCUCAGAGCAUGCCUGUUUUUAAAGAGGUGAAAGUACAUCUUUUAGAAGACUCGAAUACAGAAAAGAAUACUGUUGCUCAGGAGACUGAAACUUCACCCAAUAGGAUUGAUUCCGCUACAACUGUGGCUGCGGCAACAGCUGCUGCCAUUGCCACAGCAGCUCCUUUGAUAAAGGUACAGAGUGACUUGGAAGCAAAGGUUAAUUCUGUUGCAGAAUUACUUAAUAAGUUACAGGAGACCGAUAAACAAUUACAGCGUGUGGCAGAGCACCAAACAAGCAUUCAGAAUAAGCAAGAAAAAUUACAUUGUCAUGAUCAUGAGAAGCAACUGAAUGUGUUUAUGGAGCAGCACAUCAGACACCUUGAAAAAUUACAGCAACAACAAAUAGAUAUUCAGACCCAGUUUAUUGGCGCUGCACUCAGGGCUAAUAGUCAACCUGUUGGCACACCCCCUUCCAGAGCAGUGGAAAAGCCCUCUGGGAAGCCAGGCCAGCCUCAUCCUGGGAGCAGUGCUUCUUCACAGAACACAUUUGUCUGUAAACAAGUGCCUUUAAGAGAAGUCGAAGAUACAGAUUUUGACAGACAGAAAUCUCCUUUAGAGACACCAGCACCGCGCAGGUUUGCUCCUGUGCCUGUUUCAAGAGAUGGAAAAAUAUCAAAGAGGGAAAACCCUGUAGAAGAAAAAGAAAAUAUGGAAAUGUCAAGUCCUAAAGGAAAUGUAAGACUGUUGGAACAAAUAUUGAAUAAUAAUGAUUCUUUGACAAGAGAAAGUGCAUCAUCAGACAUAACCUCACUAACUAGGUCAAAAGUGGGAUGGAGUUCUGAGAAAGGAGACAGCAUUGAAACUCUACAUUCACAGAGAUGUCCUUCCCCUGAAGAGCUAGGAACAGCUAAAGUAACCAUGAGAAAGUAUGAUUAUGAUGUUCAUGAUCUUGGCCAGAGGAAGAAACAAACAAAUGACAUGCUCCAGGUAAAACAGUCUCCACUUAUCUUGAGGUUUUCAGAUCUUCCACAGAAUUCUGCUAAGCUUCAGACAACCAGUACCAGAUCUGUCUUGAAAGAUGCUGAGAAGAUUUUAAAAGGAGUACAGAACAAUAAAAAAGUGCUAGAAGAAAACCUGGAAGCUAUUAUCCGUGCAAAGGAUGGAGCUGCUGUGUAUUCCUUUAUCAGUGCUUUCUCUGCCAAUAGAGAGAUCUCAGAGAAAAUUAGGAUCAGAAAGAAAGUAGAUGACUGGAUUAAAAUCAUUUCAGCAGAAAUCCAGGAUGAACUUAUGAGAAAAGAUUAUGAGCAAAAGAGAUUUGAUCCAAAGAAUCAACGGAACAAGCAAGCUCUGAAUAUGAGUAGAGAUAUUAAAGCCAACACCCGAGACAAACCAGUGAACAAAUCUGCAAUUCCAAGAAGACAUUGUCAAAAACAAAUACAGGAGCAGUUUAGGGAUGCAUCCGGAAGGAGCCGGCCUGCCUCAGGUUCACAGAGAGAGAGGAAAGAAGGACUCGUGAAGUCAACCACGGUAUUACAAGAUGAGGAUUAUAUGUUACAAAUAUAUGGGAAGCCAGUUUAUCAGGGCCAUCGCAGCACUCUUAAAAAGGGACCAUAUCUCAGAUUCAGUUCUCCAUCCCCUAAGGCCAAACCCCAGAGACCAAGAGUAAUAGAGCUAGUAAAAGGCACUAAAGUCAAGUCGGCAAGAACACAGACUGACUUUUAUGCAACAAAACCUAUGAAAAUGGAUUCUAAACUGCCACAUCCCAUCACCACACUACCUCAUGGUGACCAGCAAUAUCUGUUCAGCCCCAGCAGAGAAAUGCCUACUGUUUCAGGGACCCUGGAAGGUCAUCUAAUCCCAAUGGCAAUUCUUUUAGGACAAACCCAGAGUAAUAGUGAUUCUGCACCGCCUGCUGGAGUACUGAUAAACAAGCCACAUCCUGUAACUGUGACUACUUCCAUUCCUCCCUCAUCUCGAAAACUAGAAGCCGGAGUCAAGAAACCUAAUGUAGCAGUUGUGGAAAUGAAAUCAGAGAAGAAGGAGCCCCCUCAGCUCUCUGUACAGAUACUGCCUAGUGUGGACAUCGAUAGCAUUUCAUACAGCAGCGUUGAUAGGUUCUCCUCUCCGCCAAGUCCCAAAGAAGCCUCUCUUCCGCCAUUGCACACCUGGAUCCAGACUCCAGAAUUUAUGAAAGUGGAUGAAGAAGAGGCAAAGCUCCCAGGAACUGACUUUGAUGAAGUAGUUGAUGUUAUUCAGGAAGAGGAACAGCGUGAUGAAAUUCCCGAGUGCUCUGCCCCGGUGCUGGAGUUUAACAGAAGCGUUAAGGUCGUUCCUACAGAAUACAACGGUCCUUCGUUUCCUCCGGUGGUCUCUACUUUUCAUCCCACUACGGAUAUUUUGGAUAAAGUAAUUGAGAGGAAAGAAACAUUGGAAAAUAGUUUAAUUCAGUGGGUAGAACAAGAAAUAAUGUCAAGAAUUAUCUCUGGGCUCUUUCCGCUGCAGCAGCAAGCCAGACUCGAUGCCAGUGUUUCCAUUAGUGAGACAAGCGAGCCAUCAGCUUCUGACAUUGUUGUAGGGACGAGCAGUGGAGCACUCCAGCUUUUUGUCGAUGCUGGGGUUCCUGUGAGUUCAGACAUGAUCAGCCAUUUUGUGGAUGAAGCACUUGCUGAGACCAUUGCUGUCAUGUUAGGUGACAGAGAGGCAAAGAAGCCAGGGCCUGUUGCCACAAGUGUUUCUGGUGAUCCUUCAUCAAAUGAAACUAACCUGCCGGUAAGAGUUUGUACUCCAGUAGCUACACCACAGCCUACUCCUCCAUGCUCACCACCGCCUCCUCAGGAGCCCGAGUUAGUAAAAACUCCAGAUUCUUCUCCCUGUGACUCUGAUCAGGAUGUGGCUUCCCCUCUUAAAGAGAUAUGUGCUGAAAAAGAAAGUGAUGUACCUGCCGUCACACUUGUUAGUACCCCAGUGGUUACCCCGGUUACCACACCUCCUCCAGCAGCAGCGCUUACCCCAACUUUGUCUGAAAUUUCCAUUGACAAGUUGAAGUUAUCAAGCCCUGAACUUCCUAAGCCAUGGGACAGUGGAGACCUGCCGCUGGAUGAAGAGAAUCCCAACUCUGUUGAAGAACUUGUUCACCCGAGAGCUAUUGUAAUGUCUGUGGCCAAAGAUGAAGAACCUGGGAGUGUCGACUUCCCUGCCCAGCCUGCACCACUAGAGCCUGCUCCCUUAACCCCACUUCCUGAGGGCACCAAGGCCCCUUCUCCUCGGCAGAUACCGAGUUCCGGCUCAUCAACACUGGAGAACUCUUUGAGCAUUAGUGCCACUGAGACAGAAACUCUGGACAGACAUAUCUCUGAAGGGGAGAUCUUACUUAGCUGUGGCCAGAACUUGGCUAACAAGAUCUUAGGAAAUGGGGACUUGCACCUGCUGAACGGAAACGACAGCCUAUCCAGCACUCUGCAGGAUGCCUUCGACAUGGAAGACGACCCUCCCAGCGAAGGACAGGUGAUUAGGAGGCCCCACAAAAGGCUUCAUCCAAAUGCUAUUCUUUCGCUUUUUACUAAGCAAGAACAGGAGUUACUAGUUUCACAGCAAGCAGAGGACUUGGAUAACAGUGUGGGCGAGCUUAGCGAGGGACAAAGGCUCGUGUUGACAGCCGCGGAGGACAUCUUAGCGGGAGCAUCUGUCUGUGUGCUGCAGCCCACUCCAACUGCAGAGCCUUCCGAUCGGCGAGCAGACCCUGGGAUGUCACUUCAGCCUGACAUGGCCGCAGGUAAUGUUUGUGAAGAUUCACGUGCCAGUCAUGGUCCAAUGAAUAUAAGGGACUUGGAGUUGCAGCCCUGUCCUAGCUUUGUUCUUCCCGUAACACACACAACAGCAAAAGGCAAUGAUGCCGAUUCAGGAGCAGCUGAAGACUUUUCUCAGUAUCAGCAAAAGCAAGACACAGACAUUAAACAAGUGGAACACAAGCCAGUACAAAGACAUCUAACCGGUAUAAGAAAUAAACCGGACAGUUCACUUUCACAGCGGCAAGGUGGUGAGACAGUCCCGCUCUUCACUGCACACACGUCACCUGCCAAGAUGUCUGUGACUCUGCCCUCUGCGAACCUUGACAAUUGCGCUCAGUCCCCGAGCACCAGCACCGUACAAGGCAACGAGGAGUCCUCGGGGACAGAUACCUUCUGAGCAGGAGGGAGCCAGCACAGCGUUGAUGAACACACGUCACUUUGCUUCAGAUCAUUCACCUAGACUCUUGGUUUGCCUUUGAACAUAUUUUUUUGGAGAAAAACAUUUCUAAUAUUUUAUUAAAAUGAAAGUGUUCUUUAAAUAUUUGGUAAGGCUUUUGAAUAAAGUAAAUGUAACUCAC